AAAUGUGCACCCUCUCCUCCGUCACUAUGCCAUUUUUCUCUUGUUUUCUUGCUAGAACGCUGAUUCCUUGCCCUCCUUCGCUGCAUUGUUCCGUGUUUCUCCCAACCGUCUCUGCUAAAACGAGGGUUUUGGCUUCGAUCGUCUUCGCCCCAUAGACUUGAGGAAAAAUGGCCGACGGUGAAGAUAUCCAACCUCUUGUUUGCGACAAUGGAACUGGCAUGGUUAAGGCUGGUUUUGCUGGUGACGAUGCACCCAGGGCGGUUUUCCCUAGCAUUGUUGGCCGACCUCGUCACACAGGUGUUAUGGUUGGUAUGGGCCAGAAGGAUGCUUAUGUGGGUGACGAAGCCCAGUCGAAAAGAGGUAUCCUCACUUUGAAGUAUCCAAUCGAGCAUGGUAUUGUCAGCAACUGGGACGACAUGGAGAAGAUUUGGCAUCACACCUUCUACAACGAGCUUCGUGUUGCCCCAGAGGAACACCCGGUGCUGCUUACUGAAGCUCCUCUUAAUCCCAAGGCGAACAGGGAAAAGAUGACCCAAAUCAUGUUUGAGACUUUUAAUGUGCCUGCUAUGUAUGUUGCCAUCCAGGCCGUGCUUUCCCUUUAUGCUAGCGGUCGUACGACAGGCAUUGUGCUUGAUUCUGGUGAUGGCGUUAGUCACACUGUACCAAUAUAUGAAGGAUAUGCCCUUCCACAUGCCAUCCUACGUUUGGAUCUCGCCGGUCGGGACCUCACCGAUGCUCUGAUGAAGAUCCUCACCGAGAGAGGCUACUCAUUCACAACUACCGCCGAACGAGAAAUUGUGAGGGAUGUGAAGGAGAAGCUCGCUUAUGUUGCACUGGAUUACGAACAGGAGCUGGAGACUGCGAAGAACAGCUCUUCUGUCGAAAAAACCUAUGAGCUUCCUGAUGGGCAGGUGAUCACCAUAGGAGCCGAGCGUUUCAGGUGCCCUGAGGUCCUCUUCCAACCAUCCAUGAUUGGAAUGGAGUCUGCUGGCAUUCAUGAGACGACAUAUAACUCCAUUAUGAAGUGCGAUGUGGACAUCAGGAAGGAUUUGUAUGGUAAUAUUGUGCUUAGUGGUGGCUCAACCAUGUUUCCAGGGAUUGCCGAUCGGAUGAGCAAGGAAAUCACAGCACUUGCCCCCAGCAGCAUGAAGAUUAAGGUGGUUGCGCCGCCUGAGAGGAAAUAUAGUGUUUGGAUUGGAGGCUCCAUCCUUGCUUCUCUUAGCACCUUCCAACAGAUGUGGAUUUCGAAGGCCGAGUAUGAUGAAUCUGGUCCUUCAAUUGUUCACCGAAAAUGCUUCUAGGUUGGCUUGGCAGGCAUGUUUUGUUCUUGCAGAGAUUGAAUGCAAUUGGAUCUGUUCGGGUCUGUAUGAGAUAAACUCUGUUUUUUUUUUUAUGUUGCAUCUAUCCCCUCCGUUUUUCUGCUCUUUUUCAUUAUGCUGUAUCUCUCCUUUUCUGUCUUUUUUUUUUUUGGAUUGCAUUAUUUUUCUGUUAAUUUGGAAUCAAAGUGGUUACUGUGCUUUUAAACAAUUAUUGGUGUU